AUGGGACGCAAAUACCUGGGAGGCUCGGGAAGUGCCCUGACUGUCUGGAUCUCGCUAGCCGCGUCAACUGUUCUCAUCUUCUAUGGAUAUGAUCAGGGUGUGUUCGGGAAUGUUCUGGUUGGGAAGGAUUUCCUAAAGACCAUGGGGAAUCCUGACGCCACCGUCCAAGGGACUUUGACCUCAGUUUAUAACCUUGGAUGCUUCGGAGGGGCGCUUUCAACUUUGUACACGGGAGACAAACUCGGCCGUCCACGCACCAUUAUGCUUGGGAGCUCCGUCAUCGCCCUGGGCGCAAUUAUUCAGUCAGCAUGCUACUCUAGAGGGCAAAUGUUUGCGGGCAGGGUGAUCGCGGGCCUUGGGACAGGCAUGAACACCGCCACUGCUGGUGUUUGGCAGUCCGAGACCAGCAAGAUGCGGAGCCGUGGCAAGCUCGUCAUUAUUCAGAUGGCCAACUGUAUAACUGGCUUUUGCCUGUCCAACUGGCUCACUCUAGGAUUCUCGUUCGCUAAAAGCUCGGUGGCCUGGCGGUUCCCCCUCGCUUUUCAAUGCUUUUUUACACUGUUGAUAUGGUUGAUGUGUCCCUUUCUCCCGGACUCUCCCCGUCUUCUGAUUCGUAAGGGCAAGCACCAGGAGGCAUUGGAAGUGCUCGCUGCUCUGGAAGGUCAUGGAGCAACUUCUGAGUCAGCGUCGGUGCGCACGCAAUACAAUAUCAUCAAAGAUGUCCUGGACAAAGAGCACGCACAGACCUAUAGUUGGUGGCAGCUUCUUACCGGCCGAGGACCUUCAGGCGUCGUCCGCAGGAUGAUCCUAGGCGCCUGGAUGCAGGCAAUGAACCAGAUUAGUGGUAUCAACUUGAAUAUACCAAUGGGGUGCAUUUAG